AUGGCGACAUUUGUGAAUGAUUGGGCGCAAAAACUCCUCAAUGUACUGCGGAACCGCGAAACGGACCCGCACAUCGGCAAGCCGUGCUACAAGUGCAACCAUCCCGACGCCCCAUAUCGCUGCUCAGAUUGUUUCAACGCACCCCUCCUUUGCCAACAAUGCGUCGUCGCUGGCCACAUGUGGUCUCCUCUGCAUCGAGUGGACCGCUGGACUGGCACAUAUUUCGAGCGCACCACCCUAAGCAAUUUGGGCCUCAUCUUUUCCGUUGGGCACCACGGGCGUCCUUGCCCCGCAUCAUCCCUAACCCGCACCAACAAUCUCACAGUAGUUCACACCACCGGCAUCCACAGUUUGACUGUCCAAUAUUGCGAGUGUUUCCGGCGCGGACGAGGACCCGAGGAACGACCGGUACAACUCUGGAAUGCUGGCUUGUGGCCGGCAUCGUUCGUGAGGCCACAAACCGUAUUCACAAGCCAUGUCCUACGAUUCUUCAGCCACCUCACAUUCCAAGCGAAGACGUCCGCUCACGACUUCUACGGGACGUUGCGCAGGGCGACAUCAAACGCCUUCUUUGAGGACGUGAAGGACCGAUAUCGCGAGUUUAUGACAGCGCAUCGACAGUUCCAAUACUUACAGGCCUUGAAGCGAUUCGCCGUGGACGUGAGACGCAAGCUCGACCCCGGCUGCCUGGCUUUGAGGUGUCCUGCGUGCCCUCAUCCGGAUAUCAACAUGGACCCGAACUGGAGAGAGCGCGGUGAGGCGGAGCGGUACAAGGAUGCGCUCCACUGCGCGAAAGACGGUAACUUCAGCCUUAGCCAACACGACAAAAAGAUGGACCACAGUGAUGUUCCUUUGAUGGACGGCGCCGCAUACUACGUCGACAGCGACAAGUACCGCGAUUACCUCGACAAGAUGAAAGUCUACGAGGAUGCGCAAGACGAGACGUCGUCGUGCAGCAAAUUCAACGCGCUGUCCGAUCGCUAUAAAGGCAAGAUCAAGACCGGACAAGUGGGUUUAUCUUGUACUCGCCAUGGGUUUGUCAUGCCUUGCGGAACUGUUGACUUACACAUCGGCGAACGCUACGCCAAUGUCGAUUACGCCACGCUUUCUGGGCUGCAGUGGUUUCACCCGCUCUCUCUCAUCAUCAGCUCGUACGACGUUAACUGCAAAUAUGGCAUCCACUGGUGGUCGCGCCUCAAGAACAUCGCGGCCGUCGUACCCUCCGUCCCAGGUGUUACAUUGGCCAAAGAGCUGUGGCCAGUGAUUCGACGCUGCGUCCCAAAGUGGCACCUUCCCUCUCACACAGGGUUGUGUCGCUAUAUCUUUUCAUUUUACUAUACACCUGGUGUAGGCAACACGGACGGGGAGUCUGUAGAGCGGCGCUGGGCAGCCCUGAAUGCGAUAGGACGAUCGGUUCGAGAAAUGGGUCCAGGGCACCGCCAAGACAUAAUAGAUACGCACAAUUCUGAUUUCAACGCGCAGAAGACAUUCAAGAUUGGUCGGCAUCUGCAAAAGAAAUUCAAAGAGGCUGAGUCAUAUUACACGAAGAACCGAUCCGAACUCGAGAGCCUGGAGACGACUCUGCGAAUGAAUAAGAGGCCCCUCGCUCAGUGGCAGACAGAAGAGGCGGUAUACCUCGCACACAUCACUCAAGGCACGUUCGAUGAGAAGACGAUGAAGAGUCCGUAUCAACCUGCUCCUGACGAAGCUCCUACAAUGCAAGACAUACUCGCGGACUUGAAGAAAGAAGAAAGAUCGAAGCACCAGGGUGAGCAAGAGACCCGCGGGACGAAGCGCAAGGCAGCGGCGAUCGAUGGCUCGGCGUCUGAGACAGUGAGAAGGCGAAGCUUAGGUGAUUUACUUCUUGCAGCAUUUGACUUGGAGCAGCAGCAAGUUGCAUUGAAAGCGAAGGUGAAGGAGUAUGCCAAGGAUGAGACAUCGGACCUAUUCAACGAAAUCGAGCACGAGCGCGACGCGCUGGAGGCGAAAUUGCAGGACUGGAUGAGCUGGCAGGAGCGGGAGAUGGGCACGAGCCUGGCUGUGCUUGAGGACGAGUACUGCGACAUUGAGUGGCCGACAGGCACAGCAACCAAUGCGGAGGAUGCCACACUUCUGGUGCCUUCAGCAUAUGCGCCUGAGGUCCGCAGGCAUCCGACCUUCGUCCGUUUUGCGUCGGCUGAGCGACGCCUUCGCGACGCUCAUGCGCAUGACACCCUGCGAAAACUGCGUCAUAAGCUGCACUUCGAGGCGUUCUACAAGGGUCAGAAUGCGGGUUCGUUCGGACAACAGGCCCGUACGAGAUAUACCAAGCUGAAGGUGUCCGAGAGGAACAAAGUUGAUCAGUUAAGAGAGGAGUACGAGUUCUUCCGACGGAAAGUGGUAACCUUAACCGACCCCGGAGCGCAGUGCACUCUGCAACCACUCUUGGAGGCCCACUGUCGCCCGCCCAUCAUCGACGAGGAGAAGGUAGGCCGCAAACAGGAGACGCUGUCGUGGAUUUGGCUUGACAAGACGUACCAUAAGUCGGUGUUCGACAUAAAUAUAUUGCCUGUCAAUCUCAUGAGCCGAACAGCGUCGCGUCUCGAGUGGUUUCGUCUGAGCGCGCGCGUAGCAAGAUGGGGCGAGGAGGUCGAGAUUGUCAAAGAGGAGAUGCGACGUGUCCAACGCUUCUUCCAAUACUCGAUGAAGAUGUGGAAUGAGCGUGCUAUCGUCGUGUGCAGCGGGGUGGAAGAGCGUGGAGCAGCAGCAUACGCGGCAAGGUAA